UCGGGCUAUUCCGAGACGCUGUUUACGUAUCAUCUCCGACGUACGUAGCGUUAAGUUGGAGCAGUCUCAGCGGCGGCCGCCAUUUUGUGCAGUCGCUGGGAAGGAAGGAGACGCCUGAGCCGCGGCAGUGCCGGGUUUGAGCGUAGCCAAACCUACCCACCGUUUUUAUCACCCCGAUUCUCUGUGUUUUGCUCCCGUCUCCGACGAGAGAGGCGGCGACGGUGGCGUCUGCGACGGGAGACAGCGCGUCGGAGCGAGAGAGCGCUGCGCCUGCCGCCGCCCCAACAGCGGAGGCGCCGCCGCCAUCGGUCGUGACCAGACCGGAGCCGCAGGCCCUCCCGAGCCCGGCCAUUCGUGCCCCGCUCCCAGAUCUCUACCCAUUUGGGACCAUGCGCGGAGGCGGCUUUGGCGACCGGGACCGGGACCGGGACCGCGGAGGAUUUGGAGCAAGAGGUGGUGGUGGCCUUCCCCCAAAGAAAUUUGGUAAUCCUGGGGAGCGUUUACGUAAAAAGAAGUGGGAUUUGAGUGAGCUCCCCAAAUUUGAGAAGAAUUUUUAUGUGGAACAUCCAGAAGUGGCAAGACUGACUCCAUAUGAGGUUGAUGAGCUACGCCGAAAGAAAGAGAUCACAGUGAGAGGAGGAGAUGUUUGUCCUAAACCUGUCUUUGCCUUCCAUCACGCUAACUUCCCACAAUAUGUAAUGGAUGUAUUGAUGGAUCAACACUUCACAGAACCAACUCCAAUUCAGUGCCAGGGAUUUCCAUUGGCUCUUAGUGGGCGGGAUAUGGUGGGCAUUGCUCAGACUGGCUCUGGAAAGACAUUGGCGUAUUUGUUGCCUGCAAUUGUUCAUAUUAACCACCAGCCAUACUUGGAAAGGGGAGAUGGCCCGAUUUGUCUGGUUCUGGCUCCUACCAGAGAGCUUGCUCAGCAAGUACAGCAGGUGGCUGAUGACUAUGGCAAGUGUUCUAGAUUAAAGAGUACUUGCAUUUAUGGAGGUGCUCCUAAAGGUCCGCAGAUUCGAGACUUGGAAAGAGGUGUUGAGAUCUGCAUAGCUACUCCUGGGCGCCUGAUAGAUUUCCUGGAGUCAGGAAAGACAAAUCUUCGCCGAUGUACUUAUCUUGUGCUGGAUGAGGCUGAUAGAAUGCUUGAUAUGGGCUUUGAACCCCAGAUUCGUAAAAUUGUUGACCAAAUCAGGCCUGAUAGGCAGACACUGAUGUGGAGUGCCACCUGGCCAAAAGAAGUGAGACAGCUUGCAGAGGAUUUUCUUCGUGAUUACACCCAGAUCAACGUGGGCAAUCUGGAGUUGAGUGCCAACCACAACAUCCUUCAGAUUGUGGAUGUCUGCAUGGAAAGUGAAAAAGACCACAAGUUGAUUCAACUAAUGGAGGAAAUAAUGGCUGAAAAGGAAAAUAAGACAAUAAUAUUUGUGGAGACAAAGAGACGCUGUGAUGACCUCACUCGAAGGAUGCGUAGAGAUGGUUGGCCUGCUAUGUGUAUCCAUGGAGAUAAGAGUCAACCAGAACGAGAUUGGGUACUUAAUGAGUUCCGCUCUGGAAAGGCUCCCAUCCUCAUUGCCACGGAUGUAGCCUCCCGUGGGCUAGAUGUGGAAGAUGUCAAGUUUGUGAUCAACUAUGACUAUCCAAACAGCUCAGAGGAUUAUGUACAUCGUAUUGGCAGAACAGCCCGUAGCACCAACAAGGGUACUGCCUAUACCUUCUUCACCCCAGGGAACCUAAAGCAGGCCAGAGAGCUGAUCAAAGUGUUGGAAGAGGCUAAUCAAGCUAUCAAUCCAAAACUGAUGCAGCUGGUGGACCACAGAGGUGGCGGCGGAGGAGGGGGUAAGGGAGGUCGUUCUCGAUACCGGACCACUUCUUCAGCCAACAAUCCCAAUCUGAUGUAUCAAGAUGAGUGUGACCGGAGGCUACGAGGAGUCAAAGAUGGUGGCCGAAGAGACUCUGCAAGCUACCGGGAUCGUGGUGAAACCGAUAGAGCCGGUUAUGCUAAUGGCAGUGGCUAUGGAAGUCCAAAUUCUGCCUUUGGAGCACAAGCAGGCCAAUACACCUAUGGUCAAGGCACCUAUGGGGCAGCUGCUUAUGGCACCAGUGGCUAUACAGCCCAGGAAUAUGGUGCUGGCACGUAUGGUGCUAGUAGCACCACCUCAACCGGGAGAAGUUCACAGAGCUCUAGCCAGCAGUUUAGUGGGAUAGGCCGUUCUGGGCAGCAGCCACAGCCACUGAUGUCACAACAGUUUGCACAACCUCCAGGAGCCACCAAUAUGAUAGGUUACAUGGGGCAGACGGCCUACCAGUAUCCUCCUCCUCCCCCUCCCCCUCCUCCUUCACGUAAAUGAAGCCACUCAGUGGUGGUGACUCCUGUAGACUUAAUUACAUAUAAAGGAACACUGUCUUUACUUCCCCCCUUCCCUUUUUCUUUAUUUUUUUUUUUAUUGUUUUUUUUCCCCCUCCCAACCAUUGUGAUUUGUCUUUUCAUGCAGAUUAGUUAGAAUUCACUGCCAGGUUUCUUCUGCCCCCGCUCCCCCAAUCCAGUCUAUAAUAACAGAUUUUGUAAAAAUAUACAUAAUGACUGGAAGAGAAAAAUUUCUUCCCCCAACUUCUUGCAUGUUGAGGAUAUUUGAGCUAUUUUUCAUCUUAAAAGAAAAAGUAAGGUAUUAGGAGGUCCUUUUAUGGGAGCCCAUUUUUUGUUGUUGUCCUGAGUUUGUUGGGAGGCAGGGGGGAGGACUGGAUUGUCCUGCAGAAGAAGAUGGCAUCUGUGCUGUGAAUUACUCUCAUCACUGGGUUAGAAAACCAAGAGGAAUUUCCCUGCACAUUUUCCAUGAUUUUUUUUUUUUUUUAAGCAUUUCUCAAGUUGGAUCAGGGUUCCUCCGGCCUGAUGAGGUUUUUUUGUUUUGUUUUGUUUUUUAAGACCAUGCUUUGCCAUUAUCAUUUCUGCUGAUGGCUUGAGUGCAUUUGACAGUUAAAUAUUUUUAAUUGGUUUUCUCUUCUCUUACAGUCUGCCUUCCCCUCUCCCAGUUACUGAAAAAUAACCAGUGUAGUGUCAGGUUAGAAAUUGCUGAGUGUCAGUUUAAUUCUCUCUUUUAAUUAAAAAUCACAAGGGUUAAUGGCAUUGGUUAAACUGCAGCAUCUUGGCAUUGGGGUGGAAACUUGCCUGUUUUUUCUUCCCCACUUAACCAGGGACCAUCUGUGAAAUUAAUUACCUGGCCUGACAGUUACUAUGAGCAAAUGAAUGUCAGUGCUCACUGGGAAUUUAAUUUUAAGUAGUCGAGCCUCUGCAUUCACCUGCAGUGUGUAAGGAACCUUUAAUGAUUAAACAUUGUAUUCAAAAUGGGCAGAUUUUCCUUUUCAAUUCAGUAUUUGUAGAACUAGGAUAAAAGCAGCUCUCUUUGCCAGUCACUCUGCCCCUUUGGCCAAGCUAUUGUGAGCAAACACUCUUAAGCCCCCCUAAGCUCUUCAUGCCCUGUCCUGCGUGCUUUCUAACAGCUUCUGAAGGUAUGCUGUCCUCAAUAUCCCUUUGCACUCAGCUUUUCACAGGUAGGUAACUCUUAGGAAAUGUUCUGGAGGACUCAAGCCCAAGUCCUUUUUUAAUUUUUCUCCAUGUGAAGGUAGGUGGGUUGGUCCCCUUCAUAGUGAUAUUGUCUUAUUAUUAAGACUUGAAAUAGCAGAUGGACCUGGAAAAAAUAUUCUGCUUUGUGUUCACCAUAACCAUAGAGCGGGCGGGCAGGCAGACAGCCUGCCUGCUCCAGAAGCCUCUUCCAGAUCCACUGUGGUGGAACUGUUCAUUUUUAUGCUGUUACCAGUAUCACAGUGCAGUUAAAGGAAAGGCUCCCCUGCGUUCUUAGGCUACGGCCUGAACAUGCUUAUUGGUUUGUAAGAUCUAAGAAUUUAAAUACUUGAGGAUUUUUUUGUUUUUGUUCUCCUUUUAAAAUCCUUCAGGGGGAGAGAAGGGAUGGUUUCUGAGGGGUUCUGAUUCAGUUGCAGCAUACCAGGUAGGUUGUCAGCAUAAGCUGAUAUGUGUGCAUGUAAAAAAAUAGAGGCCGAGGAUGGUAGGCACAGAAGAAAUACGGCAAAACUGUUCUGUGCUUUCAAACCAAAGUGAGUGUCAUGUCCCCCCCACACCUCACCCCAUCCCUCCCCAAAGAGAAGGUAUCUAAGCACUGAUCAAUCUCUUGUGGACAUUUCUGUUUUACAACCAAAUUCUGAUUUUUUUUUUUUUUUUUUUUUUUCCGACAUAGAGAUUUCACCACAGGGAAUGCCCUACUCUAUUGCAGCUCCUAAAAGCAUCCAUUUCAGGGAAAGGUACACGAGCAAUAUCUGGACUGCUUGCUUCCCUUUUCCAUCAGGGACAUAAUCUCAAAAUGAAAAAAUAGCAAAUUCCAAAUUUCAAGAGUUCUUGUGGCCUGAGCGCAGCUGAAAUUUAGUAGGUUGUUUUUUUUUUUUUUUUUUUUUAUGUAGCUCUUUGAAUUUCUGCCUCUAUGUCAUGAUUCAGGUUCGUCUCUUCAGAACAUGAGCAGACAAAUCCUCAUCUGAUGCCGGUUACUGCAUUCACAGUUGAAACUCAUUUAGGGAAAGGGUUUUCAGUAUUAAACCACAGGCCGCUUCUCCCCAGUCCCUCCCUAACAAUUCAUUGUGCGGACUUAUUUCAUCUAAAAGGUUGGUGGCUUUUGCUUGGGAUCAGUGCUCUCUAUAUACAUGUCCUUGCUGGUCUCUGAACACAUUCCUGUUGCAUUAAGACUUGAAAGAUUUGUAGGUGUGUGAUGUUCAGGCACAGGAUGCUAAGAGCUAUGUUACUAUUCUUAGUUUGUAAAUUGUCCUUUUGAUACCAUCUUGUUUUCUUUUGUAGGUAUAAAUAAAUAAAAACUGUUGACAAUAA